AUGGCGGCGACGUUGACGUGUCGCAGCAGCUGCAUGAUGGCAGAUCCACACUCUGGGUUCCCAGCUGAGUUGUCUGAGGACAGACAGACCUCCUCUGUUCGCUCAAGUACCACGGAUGCCGGCCAGAGUGACUGUAAUCCCUCCUUGGACACAGAGCUCCAGAGAGGACAGGAGGGACUUCAGUUAGACCCAGAACAGAGUUAUCCUGGACUGGAGAACCUGGCUUCUCCUGGGGGUGAAAACGUGGAGGAGAUAGAUGGAUCGGAGAGAGCUGUCGUCAGACCCAAAUGUCCUGUGGCUAUCUACAGAGGCAGACACCGGCGAAUAGCAGGCCAGACCCCGAGACCCAUCCAUCACGUGACGUCUGCGGCUGCUGCUUCCUCCUCCAUCCCAGUGUCGAGAAGAAGGAUGGUGCUGCUGGCCAAUGAGAAUAAAAGGGAAAUUGCCAAACAGGCACGAGCCAAGAAGGAGGCGAGGAGAGCAGCACUGGACUCCCGACACAAGUACCUGAUCAACAUGCUGGUGGAUGUUGUGACCAUGGAGGAGCCAGAGGUGGAGGACGUCUUCGUCUCUGAUGACAAAAUCAGCAUGAUUGAUGAUUUCUUUGCUGCAAACGGAUCCAGGCAGCUGGUUUUCAUCUAUCAGGAGAAUAAUGUUGUUCUCAAACGGAGGAUUUGCUCAUUACUGACGCCAGCCAAGACUCAAACGAAACUCUUCAUCACCACAGGAAGCUCUGAGCCUUUACUGGGAACACAUCUCUCCUUCCUUAGAACCACACAGAAGGCCAUCACCACCGCCAACAUUCACCAGGAGGUGAACUUUGUCGUCAUGGAUGGGAGUGACAACAGCGUUCUGAAAAAUCUGGAAACUCUGUUGGCUGGCUUCAUGUUACCAGCUCUCAAGUCUCAGAAGAUGUGGGGCUGUGUGGAGGACGGUGCGUCCAGUCCAAAGGUCCAGUCGUUUUUGUCCUCAGUGAAUCAGACUAUCAGUGACCUGAAUUCAGACAGAGUCAACAUGGAGAGAAAGGUUCAUCUUCAGCAGGUCGACCUUCCUGACACCAUCCAGCAGAUGAGCACUCCUGAAGACUACAGAGCAGCAGCCAGUAACGUUGAGCUGGUGCAGCGUCUGGAGGACGUCUUCUCGGUGUGGAUCAAGCAGAUCAGGAUGGUGCUGGUGGAGGACAAAAAGCUGAGGAGGGAGGCCGGCGACGUCGGGCCGUCAACUGAGCUGGAGCACUGGAAGAGGCGCAUGGUCCUCUUCAACAGUUUGGUGGAGGAAGUGAAGUGUCCAGAGGUGAAACGGACUAUGGGAGUUCUGCUGAUGGCAAAGUCUCGAACACUGCGAGUCUGGAAAGAGCUGGACCGAGAGAUGACCGAUGUGGCUAACGAGGCGAAGGACAACGUGAAGUGUCUGAACAAGCUGGUCAGGUUGUUCAGACAGCUGGAGGAAAGCACACCGAUGGACAUGCUGGACCCCAUUUCCAAUCUGAUGAACAACAUCGGGAUGUUCCAUACAUUCUCUCACCUCACCUCUGAGGGAAUAACGUCCCUACUGCAGAAGGUCACCAACCAAAUAAUCAACACCUGCAAGAGAUAUUUGAUGCAGGGCGUGAAGCGCAUCUGGGACCACAGCAGGCCGGUUCUGCUGCAGCGGAUGUCCGAUUGUUGCCUUCUAAACGUGCAGUAUCAGGAGAGCUUCCAGAGGUUGAGGGAAAAGCCCAACACCAGACAGUUAGACUUCAGCCAAAGGCACAUCUUCGGAAAGUUUGAUGAUUUCUGCCGACGUUUGGAGAAGAUCGCUGACAUGAUGUCCACGCUGGAGAGCCUGGCUGCUCUGGGGAAAAUAAAGGUGGAGGGUGUUGAGAAGAUCUUUGGUCGCUACUGUACCCUUGUCAACACGACCAAGUCCAAGACCUACGACAUCCUGGACCAUCGCAAGCUGGAGUUUGACAGUGACUAUGCAAACUUUCAGCUCCAGGUGAAGGGCUUGUUUCAGUCUCUCCAGUCUCUGCUGGACCUCUGGUUUAAACAGUCUGUCUCGACGGAGCGAAUGCUUGAGCUUCUGGCCGUGUUGGAGUCGGGUCUUGGAGUUCGUCUGGAUCUGAAGCGUUAUUACAAGCUGCUGCUGCAGCACUAUGACAUGGAGCUGGCCAAGCUGUGGAACAUCUACAAGAAAGAAGGAGGGGAUCCGCCCACUGGACGCAACAUCCCGCCGUUGGCAGGUAGGAUCCUCUGGUGUCGCCACCUUCUGAAGAGGAUUGAAGCUCCCAUGCAGGUCCUGUCCAAGAAGCUGGAUCUGCUCAAGGGCCCUGAGAUGACUAAAGCCAUCCGCGUCUACAACCACAUGGCUGAAGUGCUGGUGAAGUACGAGAAGAUGCACGUCGACAAGUGGACCCCGGCUGCAGAGAGCACUGUUCACUGUCUGGACGUCACCCUGCUGGUUCGGGACAAGAACAGCAAGGAGUUGUUGGUGAACCUGGAUCCCGCGGUGCUGCAGGUGCUCCAGGAGGCCCGAUGGCUGAAGAAGCUAGGGAUGACCGUCCCAGAUGCUGUCAUGAGGACAAUGCCCAGGGAGCCGCAGAUUAAAGACUUGUCCAGCCGGCUCAAGGACCUCCUGCAGGACUACAGGUCGGCAGUCAGCAGGAUCCCGCCUCUUCUCCUCCCUCUCAUGGAGCCCCUCAUCCGCCCUGUGGAGGUGGCUCUUUCUCCCGGUCUCACCAGACUGUCUUGGAACUCCCUCAUCGUUGAUGCAUUCCUGGAUGGUGUGUAUGCGGCUCUGGAAGAACUGGACUACGCAGUGAGAGUGGCCUCGGACCUGUUGAACUGUCGCAUCGGUCAGCUGCUUGGAGACAUGACGUCCUGCUGCCUGCUGGUCCUGCCAGAGGACUCCCCCAUCUCCCCUCAGGACCUCCUGCUGCAGACGGACAGCAACGUCCAGGCUGCUGCCGCCGCACUGAGCUGGCAGAGUCAGCAGGUGGAGAAAUACGUGUUUGAGCUGAUCGAGGAGCUGAAGAAGAAGAUGAGGACCACAGAGACGGUCAAUCUGCAGGGAUCUUUCCAGUGUCUACACGUCCGACACAAGAGCCGCUGCCUGUCUUGUCUUCCUUGCCGCUUCAGCAUUCUGAUCGGCCAGCUCUACAAUAACACCACCAAAGCCCUGGUCACAGCCACCAGAUCAUCUCUGGAAGCCCUGUGGAAGAGACUGCAUGUCAUCAAGCACCAGUUCCGCUCCUCUUCCUCCUCUGGUGCCUGCAGCGGUCAGCUGUCUCCUCCUCUCUUCAGAUCGUCCAUCCAGCUAGCCAUCCCCAAGAUCGUCAUCAGACCCAGCCUACAAGACAUUCAGACGGCGGUAAAUAAGCUGGUGAGUGUUGUGAUGUCUGCCACCAAAGACCUCCCUCCAUGGACCCGCUUCCACCACAAACAGCAGCAGAUGGACCAGGCAGCAGCUCCUGAUGAAGGGGACGACAUCCCGGUCCAAGAGCUGCAACCUCAGGACAGAGCAGUGGCAGAACACAAAGACAUUAUCAGGUUGAUGUCGCAGCUCAACUCCAUCGUGUCGUCCCUGAACAUCCCAGCUGCUGACACCCUGAAUGAACUCAGCCACUUCUCCACCCUGUGGAACCAGGACCCACAGGAGCAGGUGCAGACCUUCCUGCAGUCGGACCCCCGAGUGACCGAAUUCGCCUAUCAGCUACGCUUCUACUCUAACCUGGAGGAGCAGAUAUCAGAGCUGCCAGGGUUUCGUUUGGUGGGCGCCAUCCUGUUGGACACCGAGGAGCUGAAGCUGUCCCUCACUGAGGAGUGUCGUCUCUGGAAACGAGCCUUCAGCGAGGUGCUCAACAGCCGGGAGUCCGCCAACAUGAACGACGUCAUUUCAUUCGUAAACGGGAUGACAAAAACCCUUCAGCAUCCGAUCAAAGACCUGGAGGACGUCCGUCAGGCCAUGGCGGCAAUCAGAGAGGUUCGAGAGGCGGAGUUCCGUAUUGACACCACGAUCAGUCAGGUGGAAGAUUCUUUCGCCCUGCUGCAGAAAAACGAGCUGCUGUCAAACGACGGGAGUGCCGAGUGCUUGGACGGUCUGUCGUACACCUGGAAGAAUCUCAAAGCUCUGGAGAUGGAGAGUCAGAACACUCUGGUGAAGCUUGAACCCACCAUGAGGUCCGACCUGCUGGCUGCGGUGCAGGGCUUCCAGAGCGCCACUCAGAGCUUCUGCACCAACUAUGACCUCAGAGGCCCCAGCGUGGAGGGCGUGGCUCCUGCAGAGGCCAUUGAGCGGCUGGAGAGUUUCCAGGCUGAGUUUGAUCAGCUGUGGAGGAAAUACAUCACUUACUCCGGAGGAGAGGAGCUGUUUGGACUUGAGGUUCACACGUAUCCGGAGCUGCAGAUGAUCAAGAGGGAGCUGUCUCUGCUCUCCAAACUCUACAGUCUGUACAGCGCAGUCAUUGAGAGCAUCGGCGGAUACUACGGCAUCCUGUGGGCCGACCUCAACAUCGAGAAGAUCAACACGGAGCUGCAGGACUUCCAGAACAGGAUCAGGAAACUUCCAAAGGAGCUGAAAAGAUAUAAGGCCUUUAGUGAUCUGAAGAAAACCAUUGAUGACUUUACAGAAAGUUGUCCUUUACUUUACAUGAUGGCCAACAAGGCCAUGCUGCCGAGACACUGGACUCGACUCUGCAAUCUGACCGGUCACAGCUUCCAGGUGGAGUCAGAGACCUUCUGCCUCAAAAACAUCAUGGAGGCGCCGCUGCUGAAAUACAAAGAAGACAUCGAGGAUGUCUGCAUCAGCGCCGUUAAGGAGUGCGACAUCCAGGCCAAGCUGGAGGACGUGGUGGGCGACUGGAGCAGCCAGAUGCUCAGCUUCUCCACCUUCAGGGCCCGAGGAGAACUUCUGCUGAAUGGAGUCGAGACCCUUGAGAAAACCUCCAUGAUGGAGGACAGUCUGAUGGUGCUGACAUCGUUGCUGAGCAACAGGUACAACACUCCCUUCAAACCGUCCAUCCAGCUGUGGGUGCAGAACCUCUCCAACACCUUCGAGAUCAUCGAGAAGUGGAUGUCUGUCCAGAGCCUCUGGAUCUACCUGGAGGCCGUGUUUGUGGGCGGAGACAUCGCCAAGCAGCUGCCUCAGGAGGCCAAACGUUUCCAGAAUGUUGACAAGUCGUGGCAGAAGAUCAUGCAGCGAGCACACGAAAUUCCCAAAAUAGUGGAGUGCUGUGUGGGGGACGAAACCCUCAGCCAGGUACUUCCCCACCUGCAGGAGCAGCUGGAGCUCUGUCAGAAGUCUCUGAGUGGCUACCUGGAGAAGAAGCGCUUGGUGUUCCCAAGAUUUUUCUUUGUGUCGGACCCGGCCCUGCUGGAGGUUCUGGGACAGGCCUCUGACUCACACACCAUACAGAAUCAUCUGCUCAGUCUCUUCGACAACAUUAACAGAGUUUCAUUCAAUGAGAAAAUCUAUGACCAGAUGACGGAUUUCCAGUCUCAGGAAGGAGAAAGUGUGGAGCUGAAUAAACCCGUCAUGGCACAGGGAAAUGUGGAGGAGUGGUUAGGACAACUGCUCUCCGGGGUGAGGCAGACCCUCCACGCCAUCAUCCGCCAGGCCUAUCAGGCCAUCAGUGACACUGGGAUGAAGCUGCUGGAGUUCCAGUCAGCAUUUCCAGCUCAGGUCGGCCUGCUGGGAAUCCAAAUGAUCUGGACGAGAGACGCAGAAGCCGCGCUCGUCCGGAGCAAGUCGGACAAGAAGAUCAUGCAGACAACCAACCAACAGUUCCUGGACCUCCUCAAUGAGCUCAUUGACAUGACAACCAGGGAGCUGAGCAAGAACGAGAGAACCAAGUACGAAACGCUCAUCACCAUCCAUGUCCACCAAAAGGACAUCUUCAGUGACCUGGUACGUCUGAAGAUACGAUCUGAUUCAGACUUUGAGUGGCAGAAACAGUCAAGAUUUUACUUCUUGGAGGACGUGGACAGGUGCGCCAUCCGGAUCACCGACGUGGAGUUCGACUACUGCAACGAAUACCUGGGCUGCACCGACAGACUCGUCAUCACUCCGCUGACUGACAGGUGUUACAUCACGCUGUCUCAGGCUCUGGGGAUGAGCAUGGGCGGAGCUCCAGCGGGUCCAGCAGGAACCGGCAAAACGGAGACUACCAAAGAUAUGGGUCGCUGUCUGGGGAAGUAUGUGGUGGUUUUCAACUGCUCGGAUCAGAUGGACUACAGAGGACUGGGCCGCAUCUAUAAAGGGCUGGCCCAGUCUGGAGCCUGGGGCUGUUUUGAUGAGUUCAACCGCAUCGAGCUGCCGGUGCUCUCCGUCGCUGCGCAGCAGAUCUACAUCGUCCUGCAGUGUAAGAAGAACAAGAAGAAACAGUUCGUGUUCACCGAUGGAGACUUGGUCGACAUGGACCCUGAAUUCGGCAUCUUCCUAACCAUGAACCCCGGGUACGCAGGCCGUCAGGAGCUGCCCGAGAACCUGAAGAUCCAGUUUCGGACUGUGGCAAUGAUGGUCCCAGACCGAGCCAUCAUCAUGAGGGUCAAACUGGCCAGUGCAGGUUUCCGGGAGAACCAGGUCCUCAGCAAGAAGUUCUACACCCUCUACAAGCUGUGUGAGGAGCAGCUGUCCAAACAGGUUCAUUAUGACUUUGGCCUCAGGAACAUUCUGUCAGUUUUGAGGACGCUGGGAGCUGUGAAGAGAUCCAACCCGUCGGAACCAGAGACAACAGUGGUGAUGAGGGUUCUGAGAGACAUGAACCUCUCCAAGCUGGUGGAUGAAGACGAGCCGCUGUUCAUGAGUCUGAUCAACGAUCUGUUCCCUGGUAUUGUGCUGGAUAAAGCCGGUUAUCCAGACUUGGAGGCGUGCAUCUCCAGCCAGGCUCAGAAGGCUGGUCUGAUCCCACAUCCUCCCUGGAUUCUCAAACUGGUCCAGCUCUAUGAGACGCAGAGAGUCCGGCACGGUAUGAUGACGCUGGGUCCCAGCGGCGCAGGGAAGACCAACUGCAUCAACACGCUGAUGAAGGCCAUGACGGACUGUGGCUCCCCCCACCGGGAGAUGAGGAUGAACCCCAAAGCCAUCACAGCCUCGCAGAUGUUCGGCAGGCUGGAGGUCGCCACCAACGACUGGACAGACGGCAUCUUCUCCACGCUGUGGAGGAAAACUCUCAAAGCCAAGAAGGGGGAGUACAUCUGGAUCGUGUUGGACGGUCCAGUGGACGCCAUCUGGAUUGAGAACCUAAACUCAGUUUUGGACGACAACAAAACCCUGACGCUGGCAAAUGGAGAUCGAAUCCCCAUGGCUCCCUGCUGCAAGGUCGUCUUUGAAGCCCACAACAUCGACAACGCCUCCCCGGCCACCGUGUCCAGAAACGGCAUGGUGUUCAUGAGCUCCUCGGUGCUCAGCUGGAGCCCCAUCCUGCAGGCCUGGCUGCAGGAGCUCCCGGCUCAGCUGGCGGAAGCUCUGAGGAGCUGCUUCGACAGCUGCUACCAGGACCUGCUGGAGUUUGUGUUCACCGCUGUGUCUCCGAAGAUGCAGGUGCUGGAGUGUAUGUACAUCAGACAGACUAUUGACCUGCUGCAGGGUUUGCUCCUCUCUACAGAGGAGAAGCAGGUCCGCCAUGGACACGCUGGCCGCCUGUUUGUUUUUGCAGUCAUGUGGUCUCUGGGUGCGCUGCUGGAGCUGGAUGACAAAGCCAAGAUGGAGGCCUUCCUGAAGGGCCACAGCUCACGUCUAGACCUGCCACAGACUCAGGACAAGCAGACCAUCUUUGAGUUCACCGUCAAUGACCAGGGAGAGUGGGAGCACUGGUCCAACAAGGUCCCAGAAUAUAUCUACCCCAGAGACCAUGUACCAGACUACUCUUCCAUCCUGGUUCCCAACGUGGACAACGUGAGGACGGACUUCCUGAUGCAGACCAUCAUGAAGCAGAAGAAGGCAGUGCUGCUGAUCGGAGAGCAGGGAACCGCCAAGACUGUCAUGAUUAAAGGCUACACCAGUAAGCUGGACCCAGAGCUUCACCUCAACAAGACGGUGAACUUCUCAUCCGCCACGCUGCCAGGAAUGUUCCAGAGAACCACCGAGAGCUACAUCGAUAAACGGAUGGGCACCACCUAUGGCCCGCCGGCGGGGCGCAGGAUGACCAUCUUCAUCGACGACAUCAACAUGCCUGUCAUCAACGAAUGGGGAGACCAGAUAACCAAUGAGAUUGUGCGCCAGCUGAUGGAGCAGGGAGGUUUCUACAGCUUGGACAGUCCGGGGGAAUUCAUCCAUGUGGUGGAUGUUCAGGUGGCGGCAGCCAUGAUCCACCCCGGUGGCGGCCGCAACGACAUUCCCGAGCGUCUGAAGAGGCAGUUCUGCAUCUUUAACUGCACGCUUCCCGCCAACUCGUCCAUCGACAAGAUCUUCAGCACCGUGGCUCAGGGGUACUUCUGCCAGGAGAGAGGCUUCCCUGACCAAGUCUGUGAAUUUGCCGCCGCCCUCGUUCCCACCACCAGACGCGUGUGGCAGGCCGUGAAGGCCAAGAUGUUACCGUCUCCUGCAAAGUUCCACUACAUCUUCAACCUGAGGGAUCUGAGCAGAAUCUGGCAGGGUGUCCUGACGGUGACGUCGGCGGUGUGUCAGAGCUCCUCUCUCCUCGCCGCUCUCUUCCAUCAUGAGUGCUGCAGAGUGAUCGCUGACCGAUUCAUCGACAUGAAUGACAGACAGACCUUCAGCAGCAUCAUGGAAAAAAUCACGACGGAGGAUCAUGGGAAUGCUCUGACUGAGCAUCCUCAGUGGGACAGCUACUUUGUGGACUUCCUGCGUGAACCUCCCGAGGUGACAGGCGACGAACCAGAAGACUUUGAUCUGGAUGCACCGAAGGUGUACGAGCCAAUCGAGUCCCUGGAUGACCUGGCGGAGCGGCUGUGUGUCUUCCAGCAGCAGUACAACGAGAUGGUGAGAGGCGGAGCCAUGGACCUGGUCUUCUUCAAGGACGCGAUGGUCCACCUGAUGCGCAUUUCACGCAUCCUGAGAACGCCGCAGGGCAACGCCCUGCUGGUCGGGGUCGGGGGGUCGGGGAAGCAGAGUCUUACAAGGCUCGCGUCCUUCAUCGCAGGAUACGAGACCUUUCAGAUCACACUGACCAGGUCGUACAACUGCGCCAACCUGCUGGAGGAUCUGAAAGUUGUGUAUCGGACUGCUGGUCAGCAGGGAAAAGGAAUCACAUUCCUCUUCACCGACAACGAAAUCAAAGAAGAUGCCUUCCUCGAGUACAUGAACAACGUCCUUGCGAGUGGUGAAGUCUCCAAUCUGUUCGGCCGUGAUGAGGUGGACGAGAUCAGUCAGGACCUGAUCCCCGUCAUGAAGCGGCAGCACCCCCGCCGACCUCCGACCCCUGAGAACCUCUACAACUUCUUCCUGUCCCGCGUGCGGAGCAACCUCCACGUUGUCCUCUGCUUCUCGCCUGUCGGGGAGAAGUUCCGGGCUCGCGCCUUGAAGUUCCCAGCUCUGAUAUCUGGCUGCACCGUGGACUGGUUCCAGCGCUGGCCGCGGGACGCCCUGAUCGCUGUGUCCCAUCACUUCCUGUCCCAGUACGAGGACCUCUGCUGCUCGCAGGGCGUGAGGGAGAGCGUGGUUGUUACCAUGGGAGCCUUCCAGGACUUGGUGGCAGAGAAAUGUGUCAUGUAUUUUGAGCGUUUCCGCCGCCAAACAUUUGUGACGCCAAAGUCCUUCCUGUCCUUCAUCAACAGCUACAAGAUAAUCUACACAGAGAAGAUCACUCGUGUUGGCAUGCUGGCUGACCGCAUGAAGACAGGUCUGGCUAAACUGAUGGAGGCAGAGGGGUCGGUGUCCCAGCUGUCUGAGGAGCUGGUGGUGAAGGAGCAGGAGCUCGCUGUGGCCACCGUGAAGGCCGAGAAAGUCCUGCAGGAGGUCACUGCUAAAGCUGAGGCUGCACAGGAGGUGAAGCAGCAAGUGCAGAAGGUGAAGGAUAAAGCUCAGCUCAUCGUUGAUGAGAUUGAAGUCGAUAAAGCAGCAGCAGAGUACAAACUGGAGGCGGCCAAACCGGCUAUGGAGGCUGCUGAAGCUGCACUGCAGACCAUUAAACCGGCGGACAUCUCCACGGUGAGGAAGCUGCCGAAACCUCCUCAUCUCAUCAUGAGGAUCAUGGACGUCGUGGUGAUUCUGUUCCAGAGGAAGGUGGACCCGGUGACGUUAGAUCCUGAGCGGUCCUGUCUGCGCCCGUCAUGGCCCGAAGCCAUGAAGCUGAUGCAGGCCUCCAAUUUCCUCAGCAUGCUGCUCAACUUCGACAAGGACUCCAUCACAGAGGAGAUGGUGGACUUGGUGGCGCCCUACCUGGAGAUGGAGGACUACACCUUUGAGUCUGCCAAGAAGAUUUGUGGAAACGUGGCCGGACUCUGCUCCUGGACUCUGGCCAUGGUGGACUUCUACAAGAUCAACAAGGAGGUGCUGCCGCUGAAGGCUAACCUAAAACUGCAGGAGACCCGUCUGGGAGACGCUCAGGCUGAACUUAGUAAAGCUCAAAAUCAGCUGGAUGCAAAACAGCAGGAGCUGGACGCUGUGGAGGCGCUCUACAAUGCUGCCAUGAAGGAGAAGCAGGACCUGGAAGACGACGCGCAGAGCUGCCGCCGUAAGAUGGCUAACGCCACGGCUCUGAUCGACGGGCUGGGAGAAGAGAAGGUCCGUUGGACCGAAAGCAGCGCCACGUUCCAGACCCAGAUCCAACACCUGGUCGGGGAUGUGCUUCUGUCCACGGGCUUCCUGUCCUAUUCUGGCCCGUUCAACCAGGAAUACCGCAGCCUGCUGCUGCAGCUGUGGACCAAGGAGAUGGAGGAACAGUUCAUCCCCUUCAGUCCUGACCUGAACAUGAUCAGUCUGCUGGUAGACAACCCCACAAUCGCCGAGUGGAACGUGCAGGGUUUACCCAGCGACGACCUGUCCAUCCAGAACGGCAUCGUGGUGACCAAGGCGUCGCGCUACCCGCUGCUCAUAGACCCCCAGGGUCAGGGCAAGACCUGGAUCCAGAACCGAGAGAAGAACCAGCAGCUGCAGGUGACGUGUUUGAACCAUAAAUAUUUCCGGACCCACCUGGAGGACUGUCUGUCUCAGGGGCGUCCAAUGCUGCUGGAGGAUAUAGGAGAGGAGCUGGAUCCGGUCCUGGACAACAUUCUGGACAAAAACUACAUCAAGUCUGGAUCUACCUACAAGGUGAGGGUUGGGGAUAAGGAAGUGGAUGUGAUGAAGGGCUUCAUGCUCUACAUCACCACCAAGCUGGCCAACCCGGCCUACAGCCCCGAGAUCAGCGCCAGGACAGCCGUGGUGGACUUCACCGUCACCCAGCGAGGCCUGGAGGAGCAGCUGCUGGGCCGAGUCAUCCUGCUGGAGAGAGAGAAGCUGGAGGCAGAGCGGGUCAACCUGCUGGAGGAGGUGGCCACCAAUAAGAGGAAGAUGCAGGAGCUGGAGGACAGUCUGCUGUUCCGACUGACCAGCACGCAGGGCUCGCUGGUGGAGGACGAAUCCCUGAUCGAGGUUCUGAAAAACACCAAGAUCACCGCUAAGGAGGUGAGUAAGAAACUGUCUGUUGCUGCGGAGACGGAGGUGAAGAUCAACAUGGCCAGAGAGGAGUACCGUCCGGUGGCCACCAGGGGGAGCAUCGUCUACUUCCUGAUUGUAGAGAUGUCACUGGUCAACAUCAUGUACCAAACGUCGCUGGUACAGUUCCUGGGCCUCUUUGACUCGUCCCUGAAGAACUCGGAGAAGUCUCCGCUCACCUCCGAACGCAUCAGCAACAUCAUCAGCUUCCUCACAUACCAGGUGUUCUCUUACACGGCCAGAGGUCUCUACGAGGAACACAAGCUGCUGUUCACCUUGCUCCUGGCUCUGAAGAUCGACCUGCAGGCCAGGAAGAUCAUGCACCAGGAGGUGCACACCUUCCUCAAAGGCGGCGCCUCUCUGGAUCCAAAAUCUGUCCAGGCCAAGCCUCAACGCUGGAUCCAGGAGCAGACUUGGCUGAACCUGGUGCAGCUGUCUGGUCUGCAUCUGUUCUCCAACAUCCUGACUCAGGUGAACCAGAACGAGCGCGCCUGGAGGACGUGGUUUGAUAGUCCGGCUCCAGAGGACACAGAACUACCUGACGGAUAUGAGGAGAAGAUAAGCACCUUCCAGAAGCUCCUGCUCAUUCGGAGCUGGUGUCCGGACCGGACCCUCAUUCAGGCCCGGCGGUACAUCUCACAGUCCUUGGGCUGUCGGUAUGCCGAAGGCUCAGUCCUGGACCUGGAAACCAUGUGGGCCGAGAGCAGCAACAGGACGCCGAUGGUGUGUCUGCUGUCGAUGGGCUCCGACCCUACAGAGAACAUAGAGAAGCUCGCCAGGAGCAAGGGUGCCGCGUGCCCCACCAUCUCUAUGGGGCAGGGCCAGGAGGUUCACGCCCGCAAGCUGCUGUCCAAGAGCAUGCUGGCCGGCGGCUGGCUCCUGCUCCAGAACUGCCACCUGGGACUGGGCUUCCUGGACGAGCUGCUGGACACCGUCACCUUGACCCCUUCAAACAACGUGCAUAAAAGUUUCAGGCUGUGGCUGUCGACCGACGUGCACCCCAGAUUCCCCAUCAACUUCCUCCAGUCCUCCAUCAAGUUCACCAACGAACCUCCUCUCGGGAUGAAAGCGGGUCUGAAGAGGACCUUUGGUGGUAUCACUCAGGAUCAGUUGGAGAUCAGCAACAUGCCGCAGUGGAAACCUCUGCUGUACGCCGUGGCCUUCCUCCACACCACCGUGCAGGAGCGCCGUAAGUUCGGUCCUCUCGGCUGGAACAUCCCGUAUGAGUUCAACCAGGCGGAUUUCACCUGCAGCAUGCACUUUGUCCAGAACCACCUGGACGACAUGGAUCCGAAGAGAGGAGUGAACUGGAACUGUCUGCGCUACAUGUUGGGAGAGGUCCAGUACGGUGGACGGGUGACUGAUGACUUGGACAAGUGUCUCCUCAACACCUUCACCCGUGUCUGGUUCAGCGAGAACACCUUCAGCAGCGAAUUCUACUUCUAUAAAGGCUACAGCAUUCCCGCCAAGGCCAAAAGCGUCCAGGACAUCCUGCAGCACAUCGAGGAGCUGCCGCUCGUCGACUCGCCUGAGGUGUUUGGGCUUCACCCUAAUGCUGACAUCACCUGCCAGACCAACCUGACCAACGAGAUGCUCUGCACCAUCGUCAACAUCCAGCCGAAGGACAGCGGCGCCGCAGCCGGGGAGACCAGGGAGGCCUGCGUGCAAAGAGCCGUCAACGACAUGCUGGACAAGUUGCCACCCAACUACGUUCCUCACGAGGUCAAAGGUCAACUGCAGAAGAUGGGUCCACUUCAGCCAAUGAACAUCUUCCUCCAACAGGAAGUGGACCGCAUGCAGCGGGUCAUCAGUAUCGUGCGGAGCACGCUCACGGACCUGGGACUGGCCAUCGAUGGGACCAUCAUCAUGUCGGAGGAGCUGCGCGACGCUCUGGACUGCAUCUUCGACGCUCGCAUCCCUCGUACGUGGCUCCGCAUCAGCUGGCCGUCGGACACCUUGGGUUUCUGGUUCGGCGAGCUUCUGGAGAGGAACAUCCAGCUCAGCGACUGGAUUCAAGCCGGUCGGCCAAAGCAGUUCUGGCUCGCUGGCUUCUUCAAUCCACAGGGCUUUCUGACGGCCAUCCGCCAGGAGACCACCCGCUCAAAUGUAUCCAAGGGCUGGGCUCUGGACACCGUCACCCUGAGCAACGACGUCACCAAGAAGAUGAAGGAGGACGUGACGGCCCCGCCCCCCCAGGGUGUGGGCGGGGUCUACAUCUAUGGCCUGUCCCUGGAUGGGGCAGGGUGGGAUCGCCGUGGUGUGAAACUUGCAGAAGCACCGUCCAAGAUCCUCUUCACUCUGCUGCCAGUGGUCCACGUCUUCGCCGUCAACGCCGCCGCCGCGAAGCCGCCGCAGGGCGCCGGCGGCGGCAUCAGCCUGUACUCGUGUCCGGUGUACAAGAAGCCGCGCCGCACCGACCUCAACUUCAUCUUCUGCCUUUCUCUGCGGAGCGUGAAGCCGGUGGAACACUGGACCAUGCGAGGCGUCGCUCUACUCUGCCACUGCAAGUAACCUGCUGGCGGAGGUCACAUGACCAGAGGCUGCUGGCCCUCUACUGCCCUGGU